UUACAUAUCAUGUCAUGCUAUUCAUGAUAUUAACUAACCUAACUUUUUCUUUACUUUCAUUUACCAAAAGUUCUUGAUCCAGAAUGCAGAUUUUCAGCACAAAUGUAGCAAUCCUGUUUGUUUCUUUUUUCUCUGUGACAAGGUCAAAGUACUGCGAUGGACUAACACACUGCAUGAUAAAAUUAGGAGCCCAUGUAAAAGAAGCUGUAAUAGACGUAAAGAAAUUAGAUAAAGAAAAUUUGGAGAAAUUUUAUACCACAGUUUGUAGAGAUAUUGAUGAUCUGGUGAGAUGUUACAAUCCACAAAACAUUCCUGGCUGUUCAGCUUUUCAGAGCUUUGUACAAUUCGUACCAUCUAAACAUGCCCUUAGGAAGCAGUUUAUAGAAUUGUGUUCAGAAAUAGAAGAAAUGGUAUUAGCAGCUGAAUGUUAUAACCAGAAAGGCGUAAAGGAGGGUCUAGAGCAGUGUUUUAUUGUAAUGAUGAGCGAUUUCCACCUGUCAGAAAGUGAUCCAGAAUAUAAAGGGACUCAGUGUUCGGCUAUGUCAGCAUUCAACUCGUGUACUUUACAACUGAUAACGGGAAAGUGCAAGACAGAAACCAUCAACUUUGUGACGACAACUUCCGGGAACCAUUUUAAUACCAUUUGUUCAGCAUCUAUGAAACUAUCAAAUAAUUUCUUUCUAAGCCUUAUAUUUAUUUUGUUACGAAUAUUUUCUAUUUUAUAAAUAUAUACAUAUAUA